UGCGCACAUGGUGCACUGCAUUAAUCUUUUUCUCGCAAUCAUCACUCUGUCUCUCACUGCUCCGUCCCUUCUUUUUCUCUCUAUCUAAACCAAAGUCUUCCCGUCUUCUCUUUCCGUCUCUCUCUCUCUCUCUCUCUCUGAGCUGCCAUUGUUUUGUUGAUCUUCUCAUCGUCUCUCACGCGCUGCACACACUAUAGUGAUUUAGAGUGUACAUGGAUAGUCAAGAUCACAAGAUGACCGCUACAGGGCAUGAGGGUCAUGGGGUGCACCUAUGCCACAGAUGUGGAUGGCCUUUCCCGAAUGCACAUCCUAGUGCUAAACACAGAAGAGCCCACAAGAGGGUUUGUGGAACAAUUGAAGGCUAUAAAAUCAUUCAUUCAGAAGAACAUGAUGACCAUUUGGCUGUUUCAGAUGAUGAGCAUGCUUCGGAUGAUGAUGAGCAUACACCAGUUCCUCAGCUGGUGAAGAAAAAUUCUGAGGAGUUUCGUAGUAGCAGCGGAGCUGGUGAAAAGUCGAAUAGAUCAGAAGAUGAUGUGUUUUCUGAUGCAGUCACCGAAUUUUCGGAUAGUGGAAUCAGUCCCCGAUUGGAGGAGCGCUUUGAAAGUGUGAGGGGACUGGACAAGAGGAUGGAGCAGAAGAGUGUGGAGGGUGAUCUUUAUAGGACUGAAUCCUUGAAGGUUGAUGAAACUGUGGAUAAAACAGAACAAUUGGAGGAUCCAACAAGGUGUGAGGAAAUGAGCAACCGUGUUGUUGCGUCAAUUGCAAACAACCAGUCAGCAAAUGUUUUACCAGUAACUGAUUCUAGUGCUGAAGCAGUUUCUGUUGAGCUCAUAAAUGGUUUACAGCCUGACCUGAUAAAAUCUGAGACCCCCACAGAUGUAAACAAUACAAAUGAAUAUGGUGAUGGAGGUAUUCUAAAAGGUCAAAGUGGACACAAUGCGGAUAUCCAAGGGGAAGAAGAUAACUUGGCUUCUGUAACUUUGGACUCUGAAGGUAAAAUUUCAGGUCCUGGAAUAAAGGCAGUGGAAACAAAGGAAGCGUCACAUGACAAGUUGGUUUCUGGAGUGGUCCUAGAAUAUCUGCCCCCUAAAAGUGAAACUCUUCAAAACUUAGAUGCUCCUGCAGAAUCAAGAGAUGUUGCUGAUUCUGCUGAAAAUAGUUGCUCAGCCAACACUGUUGGUGAAAUUGCUCUUGCCGAGGUGACUCAUGGAAACGUUGGACCUGUUGGUGAAAAUACUUUACCUGAGAAAAGUCUGCUGACAACGCCUUCAGUUAAGCCUGAUAUGAGCACACAAAAUUUGGAUGCCACGGUUUCGUUGGUCUCCCCUGUUGACCAAGAAGUCAGCCAAAAUACCAUCUUGGCUGGAGGUGAGAAUGCUGGUAACUUUGAUGCAAGCAAGGGAGAGGAGUGUGAUAAGGAUGGAAAUCAGAAUGGGAAACUGGAAGUAAAGGCAACCAAGCACUCUGAUGCUGUCUCUUUGGUCUCUCCUGUUGAUAAAGAAAUCGACCAAAAUACCAUCUUGGCUGGAGAUGAGAAUGCUGGUAAUUUUGAUGCCAGCAAGGGAGAGCAGUGUGAUAAGGGUGGAAAUCAGAAUGGGAACAUCGAACCAAAGGCCACCGAGCACUCUGAUUCUUUUUACUCUCCUGCUGGCAAAGAAGUCAGCCAAAAAACCAUCUUGUCUGAAGGUGAGACUGCUGGUAACUUAGAUGCAAGCAAGGGAGAGGAGUGUGAUAAGGAUGGAAAACUGAAUGGGAACCUGGAAGAAAAAGACAAGUUUUCAGCUGAGACAAUAUCAGCUCCUAGACCUGCAGACAACACUUCUACACCUGAAUAUGAUCAAGCUACAAAAGAUCUCAAGAAAGAUGUGGAUCAUUGUGAAGAAACAUCUAACAGUAUGCUUUUUGAAGCUGGCAAUGUAAAGGGUGAAGGAGCUUCUGCUGAAUUACAAGUGAUACUUGAUUCUACGAAGAACUCGAAUAACUUAACUGAUGAUCCAAGUCCAUGUGAAGCAGAUAGUGAUGCAAUAAAUUUGGAAGAAUCAUUGAAAACUGAACUGGUAUCCUGGGAUAAUGGUUUUGAGAAAUGCUUAGAUGCUGAGAAUAACGAUGAGAAGUCCCAAACAACUGCCUCCUUGGAAGAUCCUGUACCACCAGUUGUUUCAGAACUGCCUAACAAUAUUCAUAUGACUAGCAAUGUUGUUAGAGUAGGGUCGGUGGAUACUGAUGGAACAGGAAUGGAGUUAAAAGAUAAUAUUGAGGUUGUAGCAUCAGAAAGAACUUCUGAACUGCCAAUUUCAGAAGAGUCCGCAUCUCUAUUCACUGAUUCAGAAUUGCUGAGGGAAAAGACUGCUAAUGACAAUAGCUGCAUUGCUGAUGCUGCUGAAGUGAGUACUGAACAGAAUCAUGGUGGUGGUGUUGUUGAAUUGAGUGAAAAUUUAGAGAGCCCUGCUCCGAGGCUGCAAGAAGAUUUAACCAGUAAGAAAUUUUCGUAUGAAACCUCGGCUGAUGUUAAAGAGACCUAUACAAGUGAAGAUGUUGACACAUCAAAAUCUGUUGGCAUUGCCUUGAGUGCAGAACCGGCUUCUGAUGGUAAUGUUCUCGCAUCAGAUAAAUGUUCUGCCACCCCAAGUUUAACAGAGCCAGUACCAUCAACUUUAGAUUCCGAAGAUUUAUGUGAAACUUCUGCUACUGCUGAUGAUAAGAAUAUCAUUAAUGUUGAAAUUGUAACUAGUGUCAAUUCCAAGUGCUUCCAUGAUAAAGGUGAUGACAAGCUGGCUAAGCAGGAGGAUGGUGUUUCUGCAGUGGAUCUAUCGGGUAGUUCAAGUAGCAGAUGUGAUAGUUUGGAAGGGAAUUGUGGAUCAAUUUCAGCACUUUCCUCUCAAUCCAAUGUGGCUGUUGCAGAGACAAACUCCCAAUCACUGGACACAUUAGAAAACAAUUCCCAUAAGCAUAAUACCUCAACUGAGGAAGCCCAUUCCGACAAAUCAGAUGUUUUUGAGCCCCCUUCUUUCAUGACUUUGGUUCAAUCUGGAGGCGAAGGGGUUCGGGUUUCUGCUGCUUCAGAGAUUGAGACGGUGCAGAACAAUCAUAAGCUAAAAUCUGAUGCUCUGCAGGCUGGCUGGUUCCCUUCUAUAACUAAUGUAGUAAAUGAAUCUGAAGGUAGAAAGAACAAUGAGGAAGUAAUAGCCAAAAUAACAAACUGGAGCCCUGUGAAGCAGCACGGUCCUCUGAAAAAUCUUCUGAAUGAGGUCAAAUCACCAAACACUAAACAAGUUCCUUCUGCAAAUGAGAAAGACAAGACUGAACCAAAAGACAGAGGUGCUGUUGUGACUACUGUUACUUCUGUUACAGGUCCAGAUACAAAUAAGGACAUGGAAGAGUGGAAUUCUCCGGCAAGAUACCCCAUUGAGGUUAAGAAAGAAAAGAAGAAGAAGGGAAAGUCGUAUUGGGUACCGUUUGUAUGCUGCUCAUCGGUGCAUAGGGACCUAUAGUUCCUCAAGUUUCAGUAUAUGUAUUUCAUGCGUCGUACUGUGUGUUCAUAGUGAAGUCUCGAGUAUCAUUAUAAAUUGCAGAGUUAUCCGUGUGAUAUAUAAGCUGUUUACUAAUUGUGUGAUCUGCUCAGUGUCAGCCAACACUUCCUAUGGCUUUAUUGUAUGUAUAUGUUGCACUAGGUGUGAUUUGAGUUUAGACCUUCAUUUUUUGAAAAUAUUGCUUGGCUCCUGAAAUGAUGAUUAUCAUUCCAUACAACCAUUUCAGUUUCUUGGU